AUGCAAUUUCGCAAUGCUUCUCGUAAACGACAUCAACAUGACUGUUGCAGCCGGCCAACAGCCCCGGUCGCCAAUUCGGCUGGUAUCAGAAUUCUCGAUGGCGAGAUUCUCCUUGAUUGUAGACGUGUUUCCUCACUUUUUGUCGGCCCGUUUCUAUCCUCAUUUGGACCGGUUUCCACGUCCACUCGCAACCAGUUCUCCCGAUCCUUUGCAUACGUACAUGUGCGUGUGCCUUUUUGCGCACACUUUCCAUACCCUCAGCGAACUGAACCGGCGAUUUGGCCCUGUGGCAAACAUGUACCUCUCUGCCAGAGCUCCUUGACCGGUCGUGUCAGGCCUGAGUUUGCCUCGACAACCUUCGUCUCCCGCUCGGGGUCAAGCCAACCCUGGGCGCCCCUUCAGCCCGGCUCGGCCACAGACCCCGGAGCAUCAGAGAUAAGUGGAUAG